UCUACUUUCUUGCUGCCUCACUGAAAUUGCAUGGCCUAAACGAAUGAAUAUUUUUAUGAGGCGCCUUGCACCAGAGAUGGGCCAGGACCAAACCAAGCAGCAGAUAGAGAAGGGCCUGAGGUUGUAUCAGUCCAAUCAGACAGACAAAGCCCUGCAUGUGUGGACAAAAGUGCUGGAGAAGACCUCAGAUCCCGGAGGGAAGUUUCGGGUGUUGGGGUGCCUGAUCACAGCUCACUCAGAGAUGGGAAAAUAUAAAGAUAUGCUCAAGUACGCCCUCGAUCAAAUCGACACAGCCAGAGAGAUGGAGGACCCAGACUACCUGACGGAGGGCUACCUGAACUUGGCGCGCAGCAACGAGAAGCUGUGCGACUUCCAGAAAACGGUUUCCUACUGUAAGACCUGCUUAAACAUGCAGGGCACCACUGUGAGUCUGCAGCUCAACGGACAGGUAUGUCUUAGCAUGGGCAACGCCUUCCUGGGCCUCAGUGUCUUCCAGAAAGCUUUGGAGAGCUACGAGAAGGCCCUGCGCUACGCACACAACAAUGAUGACAAGAUGCUGGAGUGCAGAGUCUGCUGCAGUCUGGGAAACAUCUACGUCCACCUCAAGGACUAUGAGAAAGCCCUGUUCUUCCCCUGCAAAGCAGCUGAGCUCGUCAAUGACUACGGCAAGGGCUGGAGCCUAAAGUAUCGAGCCAUGAGCCAGUACCACAUGUCUGUAGCCUACAGGAAACUGGAGCGCCUGCCAGACGCCAUGGAGUGCUGUGAGGAAUCUAUGAAGAUUGCUCUGCAGCAUGGUGACCGUCCUCUGCAGGCUCUGUGCUUACUGAACUUUGCAGACAUACACCGCUGCAGGCGUGACACUGAUAAAGCAUUCCCUCGUUACGAGUCUGCACUGGCUAUCAUGACUGAGAUUGGAAACCGUCUUGGACAAUCGUAUGUCUACCUGGGCGUUGCAAAGUGUUGGCUUCUGCAGAAAGAAUUUGACAAGGCUCUUGAUUCUUUGCAGCGAGCACAGGAGUUAGCCGAUGGAAUGGGAAACAAGCUGUGCACACUGAAGGUUCACUGCCUGAGCGAGGGGAUUUAUCGAAGCCGGGGGCAGCAGGAGGAGCUCACAGAGCAGGUGGUGAAGUUCCUCCAGUGUGUCGAGGAGCUGGAGCUCUACUGUGGCAUGUGUGGAGAGUCCAUCGGGGACAGGGACCAAAAGCUGCAGGCCUUGCCCUGUUCCCACAUUUUCCAUCUCAGGUGUCUGCAAACAAACGGAACAAAAGGUUGCCCUAAAUGUUUCAAAUCCUCCAUGAAGCCUGGAUUUGUGUGAUUGUGAGACGGUGUUUGUGCGUUGGAUCUGCAGACACAGCGUGAUGCCUCACAGGCUCCUGACUGAUCUGAGAGAAGCAGGCAGCCUCAGGAUGUGCUGAAGAUGUUUGAGGAGUCUGCUCUGUGCAGAGGAUGCUGAACUGAACCCAGAGUGUCUCAGAGUGCGGCUCUGCGGACGCAAUUAAGGCGUCCAUCUUAUUUACAGACACCAGUCUGUGAUUGACUGAAGCCGACUGAAGAGGUAUAAAUGACAGAGUUACAUUUCAAUAUAAGCUGAAGAAGAAAGAACCUAUAGUGUCUCUGUCGACUGGCUAUUUGUUGCAGAAUUUAAACAGAGAGGAGUAUGUACCGUCCAAAGAGCAGUUAUAACUUGGUGUAUUUGUUAUUUAGUGCAUUAGAAUUGUUUAGUUAAAAUGAGAAUUGAAAUCUCGGUAAUCUUAGUCACAGGGUUUGUCUUUCAAA